AUGAUGGAGGCGGUCGCCCGCGAUAACUACAAAUACGAAUACGACUACCGUGCUGUGAAGUUUUCCGAAUACGUGGACUCCAUCCGGCAGGGUAUUUAUCGCUACACGAACGGCUUGGAUGAGAUGGUGACGCGUUACCCGGACAUCGCGGAGGACAUGGGCUUGGAGCGCAUCGGGGUGCCCCAGGGCUGCCGGGCAUUGGCACUGUUCGUCAACGGAGGUGGAAAGGGCCUAGUGUGGCACAACGCCAACCACGUGAACUUAGUGGGCAUGUACAAAGGCACCAAGAUUUGGGACGUCCUGGAUGGCAAGUACUCGGUCUUCUUGGGCGUCCGAAUGGUGAUUGAUCCCUUCGGGACCGGGUUCAACUCAUUGAAGCUCAAGAGCACUUGGGAUCGGCUGCCGGUCCGUGAAGUGGUGCUGAAUGCCGGGGAUGUCUAUGUGAACCCGGGAUGGUUCUGGCACAAAGUGAAGCAUCUCCCGGACCCGGAGACGGGAUUGGUCUUCAUGAACAGCUGCCGCUGGUCUGAUGUCAAAGCCAGCCUUCUUGCACAACCUGCGCUGGAAUUCAUCCGGCACUUUGGCCAGUACACAUGGGUCUAUCCCAGCAUGCCCACCUUCCUACGUUGGGUGCCUUUCGCUCGAGUUCUUCAGGAUGGCAUUCGCGAGGCCAUGGGCUGGAUGCCCCGAUUCGGCGAGCCCGGGUAUGAGGAAGACUGCUACAGCUCCAAGCUGCAGGCGUGUGAGCGCAAGUUCAAGAAGCUGCAAGGGCUGAGCAAUGAAUGGCGAACCCCUGAUAACGAUCGGCACAUUGGCCGCAGCCUUUGGUUUCUGAAUCAAUACGACAGAUGUAAGGCAUUUGCUGCAAGCGACUAG